CAAAGCGACACCGGAAGUUGCGUCUAUGCACUUCCGGAGCCAGCCAUUUUCUGGUGCCCAUAGAUGGGCAAAGCGGCACCAGAAAAAUGGCCACUGACAGGGGAAAAAAAGGAGAUUAAUGGGGGAGGAGCUGGAACGGGAGACCUCCGGGAAAUGGUAAGUAAAAACGGGGGUUUCCCGGGAAAUACGGGGUACUUGGCAGCUAUGCAUAUGCAAGCACUCAUCCAAAGAAACUUCAAGAAAUGCAAAAGGAAGGACUCACACUGUGUGUGAUUAACCUAGGGGUCAGCAAGGUUUACCUCGCCUGGGCCGGUUCACUCCAGUGGAGAUCACUUUGUGGGCCGGAUUGCGCACGCGCGUGAGCAUACAUACCUGUGAUUUCCGGCGAUGCGGAAGCAAGUCCCUGUGCCGUGCUGCACCGGUUUAGCGCAGCGCACGGGGACUCACCAAGUGGGUGGCUUGGUUCGGGGGUGGCUCGUCGGCUGGUUUAAACGACCCCCGUGGGCCGCUUGUGACCCAUGGGCCUUAGGUUGCUGACCCCUGGAUUAACCUAUAUAAUUUACUAUAGGUACAAGAUGUGCUGUUGGACGCCAACUUAGGUGGCAUCAAAAGGGAACUAGGUAAGUGUUUGGAGUAUAAUGUUAUUAAUAGCUGUGGUUCUAUGCCAGGGGUCCCCAAACUAAGGCCCGGGGGGCCAGAUGCAGCCCAAUCACGUUCUAAAUCCGGCCCGUGGACGGUCCGGGAAUCAGCGUGUUUUUACAUGAGUAGAAUGUGUCCUUUUAUUUAAAAUGCAUCUCUGGGUUAUUUGUGGUGCCUGCCUGGUGUUUUUACAUAAGUAGAAUGUGUCCUUUUAUUUAAAAUGCAUGUCUGGGUUAUUUGUGGGGCAUAGGAAUUUGUUCAUAUUUUUUUUCAAAAUAUAGUCCGGCCCCCCACAAGGUCUGAGGGACAGUGGACUGGCCCCCCGCUGAAAAAGUUUGCUGACCCCUGUUCUAUGCUGUAGGAUCAGGGACAGCCUAGUUCUGAAUGCCAGACACUGGGGAACAGUGGGAUAAACCUGGAGCCAUUGUGUUCUGCUUGUGGAUGACCCAGAGGUAUCUGGAUAGCUGCUGUUGGCAACAGGGCGCUGGACAUUUUGUCUGAAUCUAGCUGUACUCGUGCGUCCUUUUCAGACCCUGGUCCAUAGGAUAAAGAUGCUUGCCUUUUAAUGAUUCCUAUCUACACAUUUAAUAAGAUUUUUUUUAAAAAUCAGGUGUGCAUGUGCCGAAUACCUGGAAACACCCUUUGGGAUGCAUUAAGUACUUAGUAAUUCUCCAGUCUUUGCCAUAGUAUGAGCAGUGAGUGCAUCGCAUUUUGAAUUAAUCAAUUUUGGAAAGGUUUUGUUGACUUACAUCCCCCAUGCACCCAGGAUAAUAUGACAUUGCACUAAAGCAAUUAGUGACACAGUAUUAUGCAGAAAUAAAUUGGUUUGACUGUGUUUCUUGUAAUCAGCAUAAAUAAUACCGCACAUGGUGAAAUGGCAUGGAAUAUUAACAGGUCUGAAAUUCAAAAUGAGAAGAGUAACAAAGCAACAUUUUGGUUUUAAAAACAGGUCUUGGCCAUCUUAAAAAGAUAUACUGUACCUGACUGAGCUUUAAAUACUUAUGCUAAUGUUUUAUUGUUGAUGGAUAAUAAUGAAUACAUUUUUAGUAUGGUGUCAAUAGUCAAGAGCAUUUUUAUUUGCCCAGGCAGGCACAUUAUGUGACCCAUGAGAGCAGAAAAAUAACCAGACAGUACAACGGUGAUUGGAUAAAAUCAGGCCAAAUCUUUAUUGACGGCAGCAGGCAGGCCAAGGGUUGGUGUGGCAUUGGGUCCCAGGAUCAGUUCAUCAUUCCACAAGCCCCAUGCUGAUUAAAUGGAUCCGCUGGUAGUCAGACCUCAAAGGUUACAUUUACGCCAUUUCCUUUACACCCGGCAACACAUGAUACAAAUCUCUGACACGUUGCAGCUACCACACCCAAUAGCUGGUGCCGUGUCUGUCUCAUUAACUAGUCGUUGUGCCAACGGAGUCCGUUUCUAACAAUAACAAGGGAAAAUACGACACCAGAGGCCAACCAGUACUAAGUGUAACUUGGGGUGUGGAUCAAAACACUUUAUAUCAUGUAAACAUUUUGGUUAAUGUCACAUAAGAACAUAAGAAUAGCUUGCUGGGUCAGGCUAAUGGCCUGUCUAGUACAGCAUCCUGUUCUCACAGUGCAGAACGUGAGAACAAGCACUCUCCCCUCCUGUGAUUUCCAGCAAUGGACGUUCAGAUUCAGAAGCAUUGCUGCCUCCCAUCUGUGGUCGCAGAGCAUAUCCACCAUGGUCAGUAGCCAUUGACAGCUCACUUCCUCUCCCACAUUAUACUACAUUAUACUUCCUCUCUUAUCUCAUUAUACAUGAUAAAGCGAUCUUCAGCCAUCUCACCCCUUGCUUUUUCAUGCAAGACCAUUUGCAGUCGUCAACAGCUAUCAGUCAGUCAGUCAAUCACCCAUUUCCACCACCCUUCUGAGUGAUACCCCCUCCCCACCCUUUCUCUACAUAUAAGCGUCUGGGGACUUCUAUUUCAGUGUAUCUGAAGAAGUGUGCAUGCACACGAAAGCUCAUACCAAAAUAAAAAAACUUAGUUGGUCUUUAAGGUGCUGCUGGAAGGAAUUUUUUAAUUUUGUUUCCUGUCCCACAGUUAAGAAAUGGGAAGCAUCAGUUGCAGCCUGAUCAUAAUCAGAAGUGGAUUCUGCCGAGUUCAGUGGCAGGUGAUUCCUGCAUUACAGGGGGUGGACUAGAUGAUACUCGGGGUCCCUUCCAACUCUACGAUUCUAUUAUUCUAGGUGCUCUCUGAUAUGUGUGCAUAGGAUGGGCAGUUUUUGCUGUUGCGUUUGGAUGCAGAACAGAAUAAAGAUGACUUAGGGUGGCCAGCUAUACUUCACCAGAAAAGAGGAUGCUUGGGCUGUAUACACACCAUACAAUGAACGCACACUUCUCUCACCCCCACCCCCCGAAAAGAAUCUUGGGAACUGUAGUUUGCACGUCACAUAGUUACAGCUCCCAGCAUCCUCCUUAACAAACUAUGAUUCCCAGUAUUCGUGAGCAGGUGGGUGAAUGUGCUAUGGGACUGAAUUUUUGCUAUGGGACUGAAUGUCUUUGAAAGGUUAAUGUGCUGAUCCAACCUGUAUUUUUUGUGGUUUGUGGUACAUUCAUAUCAGGCAAACAGAGAGUCUCCUGUCUGCAGUGUAAACAUUUAUUCAUUAUUUCUCAAUGAAUGCAUUUUGAAUGCCCUCCCUUAAUUGCCCUUAUAUCAGUUUUAGUUGUCACCGUUUGUGUAUGUUAAUUGCUGCUUUCCUUUUUUCCCCUCUCUUUUAAUUGUUUUAUCGGGGAGGGAAUUGGUAUGAAAUCAAAAGAUUAGGAAUCAGAGAUCAACCAUGAAUUUCUCCAUCUCCUCAAUGAGGGCAGAGAAACUGGGGCAAUUAAUAGGAUAUUCAAACCUACUUGCGCUCAUCGGGAAUAAAUAAAAUGGGCCGAACCUGCAAAUAGGGAGGAAUAAUGCACCAUUACUUCAAGGUAUGGGAGCCUCAAUAGUGAAUGCUUUUGUAGGCUGGUGUUAGGGCUGGAGUCAGAUGCAGGUCAGCACGAGGAGGCAAAGUCAGCUGUUUGUGAAGUUAACUCUUUAUUCAAGGAAACAGCAUGCAACUCAGCAAUACUUCCCAGUAGGUCUUACCCCUAUGGAGCAGUUGCCAGGACUGAAGGUCCCUGCCUUUCAUACCUCCCUAAGGCUCCUACUCCUCUGGAUGUCUCCCAAGCAGUCUCAAAUGGCAUCUGCGCACCUCCGGUCUCUGUUCUGCCCUCCUCAUUAUCCUGUGCGUUCAUUGAGACCAAGGAGGAGGGGAACUUGUUGCAAAAGGAGAGGGAGAGUCCUUGGAUUCUACAGCAGCCUCUUAACCCACCUCCUCUGCUUCAGCCUCGGAAUCUGAACUGCUCCUUGUCACCAGCUCUCCCAGCUCACUAAACCCUGUUGCCCCUUCAGCACCCAGCCCCUCCUCCCAAUCUUCUCCCUCUGACCUCUCCUCAGUGUCCUACCUCCGUUCCCCUGGCUCUGAGCCUUCCUCCUCUGGGGUUUCCUUUAGGAGUACUCCCACCACUCCUCUUCGUCCAGCCAGUCCCUGAGAGCUGACUGCUGCUGCAAUUGCAUUUUCUAAUUAAGAAAGAUCUGAAAAAGCACAGGUGGGCAGCAUUAAAAAAAGAACGGAAAUGCAGUGGGCCGAUGACAAGUUCCUCUAGAUCUUUUAAGUUCUGUUGGAAGCCGCCCAGAGUGGCUGGGGAAACCCAGCCGGAUGGGCGGGGUACAAAUAAUAAUAAUUAUUAUUAUUAUUAACAUGGAGUAACAAGGGUGGCAAUUCAAGAGAAAGGGGCUAAGACGAAAACCACUUACGCCUGAAGGUAGUGCGAUACGAUAGGGAAUAUCCUUGCUGAGACUAUAUCCAAGCAACAGCCUCCAUACAGCUGACUGAAUGACUUACCGGUACUUCUAAACCACAAGGACAGGAAGCAUUCUUUGGGGAUGAAAAGAGAGGUACACAGUCUUGCAGCACUGUGUGGCGUAGUCCCAGGGUAGGCACUUCUCUGUACUUUUUCACAUCUGCUGGCCUUGCUAAUUCCCUGCUGUGCUCUUGAGCAACUGGAAAUCAGUGCUAAGAUCAUCACAGCCCCUCUGGGACUGGCAGCGAUGAAGCCACAAACAUCCUCCAUCUGGAAGCACCCUGACAGAUUAAAGAGUUUAUAGCAAACAACAAGCCAAACGCAGGUCUAGAGUGUGCUGUUGCGACAUCCACAACUGGUUUGCAUGAACCGGAAGAACGAUCUGCAAAUCGAGGGCAACAUUCAACAUUGCUACUGAGUUUACAGCUUCUCGUACCGCCUUGGAAGCACUGGCUUCAGAAGGAUGUUGACAAAAUAUUAAGCAGCCUCCACCACUGUGGGCAGGAAGCAUUGAGACAGAGUUGCUGCUAUUGUUGCUUAUUAAAUUUGUAUACCACCCUUCACCCAAAGAUCUAAAGGUGCUACCCAUUAUAAAAAUACAAGAUCAAAACACAAAAUACAUAAUAGAACAAGAACAAGACCAAAACAAGCAAUCAAAAGUGCAUGUGGAAAAAAUAGAUCUGUUCCAGUCCACAUGCACAUUAACACUCUGGUGUGUUCACAGGAUGGCAUGGUGGAUGUAGCUUCUUUUGUUCAAGAGGUGAGGCAGAAGCUGCUUUUAUUCUGAUGAAGCAGAUGCUUAAUUUUGGAGAUGAACUAAAACAGGCAUUUGCUGGAGGUGUUUGGAUCUUUUGAAGCUGCUGUUUGGGAGAUUUUUUUUGGAUCUCCCAGAGCUGCUAUUAGACCCACAGUGGGAAAAAUGACAUACAUGAUACAAGUAUCUCUAUUUAGUGGGGUUGGGGUUGCCACCUUUGUUCUGGCAAAAUACAGGACAUGGCAAGAUGGGGCAGUUAGGGGCUGGUUUUUGUUUUCAUCUGGUGCUGAAGUGACUUCAGAGCAAUCCAUUAUAAUCUAUUGCAGCCUAACAGGAUGGCACCUCUGGAAUUUGACACACACACACACACACACACACACACACACACACACACACACACGUAAAUCUUUCUGUGCUUGGCUACCCGGAGCUUAAAUAUAUGACCUUUCACAUACCCUUUCAAACACAUGCAUUGGGAAAAGAUCCCUAAUUUGGCAAAGAGAGAGAGAAUGAUGUAACAUUUCACAUUGAAAUACAGGGCAAUCCUGUAUUAUACAGGACAGGUGGCAACCCUCAGUGGGGUGGGGGAUUUAGACUGAGGACAUGGUGUUGGGAGAAAGGGUUAAAUGCCUCAUGGUCCCAGAGCUGCUCCUCCAGUGAAAAAAUGUAGGCUACUACACCUGCUUUAAAAAGGUAAAAGGACCCCUGACCAUUAGGUCCAGUUGCGGACGAUUCUGGGGUUGCGUGCUCAUCUCGCUCUAUAGGCCAAGGGAGCCGGCGUUUGUCCACAGCCAGCUUCCAGUUCAUGUGGCCAGCAUGACUAAGCUGCUUCUGGCAAACCAGAGCAGCACACUGAAACGCCGUUUACCUUCCCGCCGGAGCGGUACCUAUUUAUCUACUUGCAUUUUCACGUGCUAUCAAACUGCUAGGUUGGCAGGAGCAGGGACCGAGCAGCGGGAGCUCACCCCAUUGUGGGGAUUCGAACUGCCGACCUUCUGAUAGGCAAGCUCUGUGCUUUAACCCACAGCGCCACCCGCAUCCCAGCAUCUGCUUUAGGCCCUGUCUAAACUAUACAUUUAAAGCAGAAUCAUACAUGGCUUUCCCCAAAGUUUCCUGAGAGUUUUUAGGAGCCCCCCCCUGAGUGCUGAAGCAAUCAAGGCCUCCUUUCUUGGAAACUUUGGGAAUUGUCAUGCUCUGAGGAGAAUAAGGAUCACCUAACAAUUCUCAGCACUCUUAAUGAACUACCGUUCCCAGCACUCUUUGGGAGAAGCCAUGGCUGUCUGAAGGCGUAGGAUGUGCAUGGUGCAAUGGGAACAAGUAUGCUAGCUCCUACCUUCACCACUGUGAGAUUGAGGGCAACUGUCUGAAGUAGGGAAGAUUGUAUUUGCUUAAGCAGGACUGCUGGGAUGGGACUGUCAUAUGCUAACAGCUUGUGCCUCCCUUGUUGCAUUAUUCACACACAGCCCACCACCACACAAGAUCACACUUUGGAGGGGUUGGGGAAGUGGUUCCUAUGCUAUAGGGGCCACAGUGGCAGGGGAGGACAAAUCCAACCCUGAUUUCUGACUUCAGAGCAAUCUGAUCUCUGAGAAAAGCUGAAAGCAGACACGACCUGAUGCAGUAUUAAUGUCAGAACUUCCAAUUAUGGAAAAUAUGGAUAAUCUAACUAAUGAAACACCAAGCCUUCAGCAUUAGCAAAGACAUCACCACAUUUUCCAUUUAGAAUUGUUUUAUUUAAUACUCACAACUGCCCAUUCUAAUAAAGAAGAUUAAAAUUCAGAUGAAUGUUAAACAUUUAUUUCGCUUACAGAGUUGUAUAAUGUUAUUAAGUAUUGAGAUCCCAGAGAGACACUGACGGUCAGAGUAGAUAAUACUUAACAAUUCUGGGACAAAUAGUUUAAGCUGGAUGGGCAAGUAGUUUAACCUGGAAUAACCCGGUAUUGUCUUAGUGGACUAUUCACACCUGUACUCUGUGAAGUGAUGAAUAAUAUAUUGAAAGGAGGGAAGAUCCCGAAUACAUUGAAAGAGGCAUAUAUAACAUUAAUCCCUAAGCAAGAUAAGCAAGAUACAGAUUGUUUGAAUGUCAAGAAUUUUAGGCCAAUAUCGUUGUUAAAGGUAAAGGUAAAGGACCCCUGACCAUUAGGUCCAGUCGUGACCGACUCUGGGGUUGCGCGCUCAUCUCGCAUUAUUGGCCGAGGGAGCCGGCGUAUAGCUUCCAGGUCAUGUGGUCAGCAUGACAAAGCCGCUUCUGGCAAACCAGAGCAGCACAUGGAAACGCCGUUUACCUUCCCGCUGUAGCGGUUCCUAUUUAUCUACUUGCAUUUUGACGUGCUUUCGAACUGCUAGGUUGGCAGGAGCUGGGACCAAGCAACGGGAGCUCACCCCGUCACAGGGAUUCGAACCGCCGACCUUCUGAUCAGCAAGCCCUAGGCUCAGUGGUUUAACCACAGCGCCACCUGGGUCCCAAUAUCGUUGUUAAGCAAUGAUUAUAAGCUUUUCGCAGAUAUUAUGGCAACUAGAUUAAAAGAAAUUCUCAGUGAGACUAAGCAGGUUUUCUUCCUGGUCGACGAUUAAAAGAUAAUGUAAGACAUAUAGUGGACAUAAUAGAAUAUUUGAGAUCAGGAAUGAUAAACAAGCAGCAUUAAUAGAUGCAGAAAAAGCUUUUGAUAAUAUUUCUUGGCAUUUUAUGAAGAAAAGCUUAGAAAUGAUGGGAGUAGGAGGAACUUUCCUGAGAGGAAAUGAGGCAAUAUACUCUGAACAGAAGGCAAAAUUUAUUGUAAAUAAUGUAUUGACAGAUUAUUUUGACAUAUCAAAAGGUACUUGACAAGGAUGUCCACUGUCCCCAUUACUAUUCAUCGCGGUACUGGAGGUAUUGACAAAUAGGUUAAGAGAAACCUCUGAAGUGAAAGGUAUAAAAAUUGGUGUAAAGGAAUUCAAGUUAAAAGCCUUUGCAGAUGAUUUGGUUUUAACAUUAGAGGAACCUCAGUUCAGUGUACCAAAAGCACUGGAGGAAAUUGAAGAAUUUGGGCAAUUAGCAGGAUUUAAAUUGAAUAAAAUUAAGUUGGAUUUGAAGAUAAAAAAAUCUAGAUUUCAAAUCAAAAUGUUGGAAUGCAGAAGUAAAUUAUUAUCUAAAAUGUACAACUUUUUAUUGGAAUGGUUUACAAAGGAUGAAUUGACGAAAGAAGUCAUGAUAAAAUGGGCAAUAGAUUUUGGGCACAACAUUGACUAUGAUGCAUGGUUAAGAUAAUGGAAUGAAAGUUUAUAAUUCACAGCAUGUGUUACUUUGAAAGAAAAUGUAAUGAAAAUGAUGUAUAGAUGGUACCUAACACUGGUCAAGUUGGCUAAAAUGUAUAGGAUGAGCAAUAGAACAUGUUGGAAAUAUAAAGAUAAGGAUGGAGACUUUUACCAUAUGUGGUGGACAUGUGAUAAGGUUAAAGCAUUCUGCAAAUUGAUUUAUAAUGAGUUGAAAAAGAUGUUUAAAUAUACCUUUCCCAAAAAGCCGGAAGCUUUUUUGCUGGGCUUGAUGGGAGAGGGAAUAGCAAAGGAAGAUCAAAGAUUAUUUAUGUAUGCAACAAAGGCAGCGAAAAUAUUAUUAUCCCCAAAGUGGAAAACACAGGAAUUACCAACACUGAAGGAGUGGCAGACAAAGAUGAUGGAUUAUGCGGAACUGGCAAAACUGACCUGCAGAGUCCGAAACUAGGACAAAUUAAAAUUCCAAAGAGAUUGGAGUAAAUUCAUUGACUAUAUUAAUAACAACUGUAGAAGCUUGAAGACACUAGUGGGAUUGAAAUAAAUCCUACGACCUGGACUUGAUUCAAUAAGAUGAAACUGUGAGAUAUAGACUGGAAAAGGGAAAACCGGAUGGCGGGAGGGAGGGAAGUCAUAAGCUCGGCAGAGCGGAGGGGAAUGAGAUUGAUUGUUAUAUGUUGGAAUUUAUUGGUUUUUGUUUAAAGUGAAAAUUUAAUAAAAAAUAUUUUUAAAAAAGAGAGAGAGAGACUACCUAAGGAGGAGGAAGCGGAUAGGCAGUGCUACUUCCUGGAGUGGCUGUAAGAAGGCAGGUGGGUGAGAGCAGACUGAGGUUGAUGGGGCCAUGCCCCAUUUCCCUAAGGUACCACUAGCCUCCACCAGGGUGGCAGGAGUGCAGUUUAUGUGUGUGGUGCUUUCCCCUUUGCCUCUGUCUGGCACUGUCUGUGCAUGAGCAUCCUGAUCAGACUUGUUCAGGGAUCUGUGUUACUGGAAGGAGGUUACACACAGGAGCUGGGUUGGAUAGUGUGAUGAAAUGAGAAUGUUGCUUCUGGUGUAUGAUCUGCCAUGGCUGUUCUUCCCCAUUCAUUGCUUCAUGCUGCAGUGAUCAUAGAAUCAUAGAGUUGGAAGGGAUCCCAGGGGUCAUCUAGUCCAACCCCCCGCAAUGCAGGAACCACGGCUAAAGAAACCUGUUUAAAAACCUCCAAUGAAGGGGAGUCUGCUGCCUUUCAAGGCAGCCCACUCCAAGUGGAGCAGCAUUUAACCAUCAAGUGCCAGGCACGUGUGAACUCAUCCUUGCGUGUUUGUAUAUUUACUGAUAUUUUUACACUCUCUGGCCGGUGGCUGCAUGCUGUAUUUCUUCAUUACGCAUACUGUUAUUUGGGGCAGAAUCUCCCUCUCUUGUACUGCGCCAAGAACCCAGACGGUUUUAGGCAAUCCCAGCGUUUUAGUCAAAAAAAAGGGAGGGAAAAAAGGAAGGGAAAAAAAUAGUGUCGCAUCCACGGCGUACAAGACAUUCUACAGCAAGAUGAGUCAUAGCCUUUACCAACAGCUUGGAGAGAGAGAAUGCAGGCUCUGAAUGGAAUUGGCCAAAGGCUGCGUUCGACUGAAAUGGUGCUUUUCCAUUUCCAUUUCAUUUUUCCAUUCCGUGUUUUCUUUCAAUGUACUUUGCAGCCUUCUCUGAGAGGUGUGUGUGUACAGUAUUUAACCAACCAACCUGCAGCUCAAACGAGAAAGGAAACUGAAUCGCAAGCGUCGACCCCCUGCUUUGAUCACUACAGUAUUCCUGCAUGCUCAUCCAAUCUGGACCCCGCUUGACCCGUCAUGUAUUGGAAAUGGAGCUGGGUGGGGAGCGGGGGAGAGAGAGUCGGAAACUUGCAGCGGCGUGACUCGCCUGGCAAUCGCCCCGUCGCCACACCCCCUUCUACCUUCCCAGCGCCCCGGUCUCAGCAGCCGGUGGGGGCGGGGAGUAGGAGAGCGCCCGGUCUGCCUACCAAUCGGCAGCAGCAGAUGCUUUGUUCCUAACAAAGGCACCUUCGGCCCCAAGAUCCCCUUAGUCCCCAAUAGUUUGCUGCCUGGUUCUCGCUCUCCGGUGACCACAGGGCCGCGGGCUCCUUGGGGCAAAGGAGAGGCGCGCAGCCCGACGCGCUGGCGUAGAGGAAACAGGCAGCGCCAAAAGAGCGCGCUCGCGGCGCCUCUUAUCGCGGACACUCCUCGGCAAGGAGCCUUUUAUGACCGGGCGAGCCGUUUAUGGGAUUGUUGUCCUUGUGUGUGACGCUCGUCGUACAGGAUUUCCUCCCCAAAUAGCUGAGUGGGGAGCCUGAUCCGUCACGACUGCUGCUUGGGCGAUGCAAAGCCCGGGUGGACCUGGUGAGCGUCCCCGCCCCCCUCCCGCCCCUUAGCGAGGAGGGGAAAAAAAAGAAAGGAAACAAAAGAGGGAGGUUGAACAUCAUGUCAUUCCAAAAGAAAAAAAGCAAACCUUGCAAAAUAGGCUGGUGGAAUAUUUGGCGUGUUGGUUGCUUUUAAGAAGCAGGGCGCUUGGAAGGUAGGCAAGCCGGUUUUUGUGUAUUUUUAUUUUAUUUUUUAAAAAAGGCAUACAGUAGCUCUAUUUUCUGCCACCCACCUUUUGCUAUAACGGAGCGGCGCCCCUCUCGGAGGCGUCGGUGAAAAGCGUCAGAGGAGCCGCGGUGGCAGGAUGGAGAACCCACCUAGAGGGGCCCCUUGACGCGAGCACAUCCUCCGUCGGGCAGCCGCGCUCGCUGCAGCCUGGAGCUAAUUCUGCUGCACAAUUCUCGUGGCACAGACUCGCCUGCAAGUGUCCUGAGCCCUUCCGUAAGAAAAGGAGACAAAGGGGGUCGAAGGGGGCGGUAGGAAUUCGCAGGAGGAGGAGACGAGCAACAUCCUGCUGCCUGCAUCGUUUGGUCAGGAAGGUCUAAGGCUGGCUUUGCCUGAACUUCACCCUCUCUACCUAUCCAAUGAUGUGGGCAGAUAUUCAGAAUAACCGGUGUUGAGAAGCAGAUUGCUGGUGGGGGGGGGGGACUGGAAAAAAAAAGAAGAGAAGAAACUCCAGCGAAGGGAUUCUUUGAUUACUUAGGACUUGAAACUCUCCCCGCCUUCUGCCAAGACGUGGAGAUGCACACAUAGUUUUAAAUGCAAAGUAGAAUAUUUAGUUAGAAAACAAGGCUCUGCAGCAGAGAAAUCGAUCACUUCCAUCACGAUCCUCGGUGUGUUUACUCAGAAGUAAGCCUCAGUGGUUUUAAUGGGACUUAUUACCUCCUAAGUGUGUGUGGUGUUGCAGCAUUAGUCAUUUUUCCUUCCAGGUAGAAGACAGCUUUAUUAUGGGGUUAAAUGGCAACUUGGAGUGGGAUCAUGACAACAACUUCAGUGCAUAAUGGUAUUUCAUUGUAGUCUUAUCUUAUGGAGCAGGAAAAUAGCAUAACAUACUUCCUUAAGGCCCCCUCCUAUCAAGCGGAGAGUCGAGAGCCUACAUUUCCAGAUGAAAAGUUUGCUCUGUAUUGGAUCAACCUCCAUUCUUCGUCUGGUUUUUCUUGCAAAGAGAGGAAACACAAUUAAAGCAACCACUGAUGAAUAUGUGUUUGAGAAGGAAGAAAAAGCAAUACUUGUUUCUAAAGGACAGCAUGGCAAAACCAUGUGAAGUUUUGCAUUUCCUCUUAAAAACUGAUCUAGCACAGAUGGCAAGAAACUCUCUUUUGACUAACCUUUUCUUACUGUGUAAAAUGCUGCUGCACAAGAAGAUGCUUUAAUUUAUACCUGGGAUUUAUCAAGGGGAACCGUUGCCUUCAUUUAGGAUAAGUUGUUAAACGUAUAUGAUUCCUUUUGUGAUUUUUAAAAAACGAAAUACUAGUGAAUUGCAUUAAUGGAUGGACGCAUAGCUAGAAAACCUUCUGGAAAUUCUGCCCUUGAAUCUUGGAGAUUCUCACUUAUGUGGAAUACAAUACUUUUUUUGCAAUAGCCCAUGACACUAACUGAUGCUGCAGUUGUUGCGGAAUGUAUCUAUGAAUUCCGUAACAGAUAAAGCUUUUGGACAAGGAAAAGACUGAGGCCGAUAGAACCAUGAACAUGAUGCAUGUAAACAAUUUUCCAUUCAGGAGGCAUUCGUGGAUAUGGUAAGUUCAAAAACAUUUAUUUCAUUGGUUGCAACAAACAGGUAGGACAGUAUAUUCUGCUCCAUUUUCUAUGUGACUAAAUCUACCUAUCUUGAAUGCUUAGAGGGGUCAUAUUGUGCAUUAGGAUGUAUGCAAAGUAAUGAACUAUUUGGAUAAAAAUCUCUCAGAUGUGUGUGUUUUAGAAUUGGUCCUUGUGGUUACAGGGGCUUCCUCUACUCAGUCCUUGAUGGAUAUUUUCAGUUUGUCCUGCCGAAGAAGGUGGGCGAGAUUCUUGGAUAUGUGAGAUCCACCAUUUGUACUUAAUGAUCUUGGCCCAUCCUGGUUUGUUCAAUCAGAAUUAGCAAACUGGAUCUCAGGAGGUAGAAGAAGGUGCGUUCUGGUGGUUCUUAAAGAGACUGUUUUGAAAUCCCUCCUUUUAGAUCUUAACAACUUUCACUCUGUUUUACAUUUAUUGAUCACGAUACUUCAGAAUUUGAUGGCAAAACAGCUCCAGUUUUUCUUGGAUGAAAUGGAUAGCUCACAUCUAUUUCAGUCUAGCUCCUACCUCAAUUAUCAGAACGGAAGUCCAUUGAUUGCCUGGCGAAGGGAUGGACAAAUCUUUCAAUUUAAGUUUCUUUCCAUUUCUCUGCAUGUUACACAUCAGAAAAUCAGUCCCAUGAGCCAAGCUGAGGCCAACUGUGUGCAACCUGAAAUAAUCCAUAAUAAUUUUAUGGAUGUAGCUUUUAUGAGUUCAGAACAGCCUUCCCCAACCUAGUGCCCUCACAAUCUUUUGGACUGCAGUGGUCUUGCUGCUUGAGACUGAUGGGUGUUGUAGUCCAAACCAUCUUAGAAGGGCACAUUGGAGGAAAUCCGUUGCAGAGCGAUUCUGCUUUUGUGUUUUGAAGCCUCCUGGAAAACAACAGAGAAAGUGUUACAGGAAAUAUUUGCUGUCCUGUAGCUUUCCCUCUUGGACCAUGUCCACUUUGAAAGUUUUAUCUUGAAACACGUCAAGGUGCCUGCUCAUCAUUUGCUCAAGCUCUUCAAUUCCAUCUGAACUAAAAUUAGGCUCCCUCUGUGUUUUUUUGAGAUGCAGAUUGUCCUUGGAUGAUCACCAUCAGCUAAAAACAGAGAGGAAAAAACAGCUUUGUCUUGAGGAGCCAUUAAUAGGAUGCAGAGCAAUGAGAGCACCAGUUGUGCCCUCUUUCUCACAUUUGCCAAAGGAUGCUGCAUGCCUGCUAAUGUCACAUGAAGCAAACAUUGUCAACCAUCAGGAGUGAGCAACAGUGAUAAACCUUGUUUAUUAAGUUAUUGUGAGACUCUGUGUGUAGAUCGGCCAUUCCAGCUGCAUGUCUGCAUGGGUUUGCGGGGAGGUGUGUAUAUUCUUGGGUAUAUGUGAAGGCCAGUGUUUUGUAGUGGUUGGAGUAGGAAUAGGGAGACACAGGCUUAAAUUUCCACUCAACCAAGAAGCUCACCAGGUGACUUUGCACCACUUGCUGGCCUGGUAGGCAUAUUAUGCAAAGCAAGAUCAUCAUGGCCUCAUGUGAACUUGUGGGCUCUAGAAAAGAUCCCUAAUCAUUUUGCUACUCUACUGCACCGAGCUAAGCCAUGGUUUGUCUUAGCAUGUUGUUUGAACCUGGGCUUCAGACAUCUUGUAAAGUUUCAUCUCAGGCCUGUAGCGCGUAGCGAAAUGGGGGAUUUCAUAUCAAAUUUCAUUUGCAUUCCAAAGCAGUUCACUUGGUGUAUCUUUUGCAUGCUGUCUUUGAAUGCUAGCCCCAAAGAAUGGACUUUUUUAUGUGUGUGAAGCCCCUACUUUGUGCUUUAACUAUUUGGUAUCAGUUAUAUAAUGUUUUUAGACUGAAUUUUAAUGAUACUUAAAAAAAACAACGUGCACCACUUCGAGAUUUUCAAAAUAUUAACCGAUUGAUAAAAACUCUUAAGUAAAUAAAUAAAAUAAUUCCAGACCAAGGGUUUACAUUUAUCUGGCCAUAAUCUUAAUGGUAAUAGGUUUUUAUUUUCCUUCCACCACAUUGAGAUUUGUUGUGCUAAUUGAUUUAAGCACAUGUUGGAAAAAGAAGGGAAACAAUUGCCAUGGUAUAAAAAUUGACAUUAACUUUGUUUGAUGCUUUUAAGGUUUGCAUUAUUUAGCGAGGCUUGCUAAAUUAAUUUCGAAAACAAAUAUACAUUGCAAAUUGGUGCUGUGAUAGCUGACAUAGCAAUUAUAUAGCCACUGUGGCUUGAAUGCAAAAUAUUUUGUUCAUAUUGGUUUGGUAUUCAAUCUGUUAAGUUUUAUGAUUAUGUAAAUCAGUGAAAUUAAUAUUGUGAGACUUGGGAGGUAAAUAGUGUCUCUAGAAAACAAAAAGAUUUCUCUGCAAUUAGAAGCACCAUUGUUUAGCAUCUGUGCAGCAGCGAAAUGUUCUAUAACAACUUAAAAUACAAUUGAGUUUUAUUCAAAAGAUGAAAAGGAAUUACCUUGCUCCACCUGCAAAUUCCAGGUGCCUAGCUCUGGUGUGUGGAGAUGCAUUACUCAAGGAGAAGCUCAUUAUUGGCAGUGCAUGAUUUACCACAGAACAAAAGGCAGGUAUGCUGAGAUGAAGGUGGGCUUAAGUCCUGUUUUAAGAGGAAGGAUAUUCCUCCACCACUUUCUCCAUCUUGGUGCUUGAAGAUGUGGUCUGGUCAGAGCUCAGGAGACUCAGUCCCAUGACCAGGGCUGUGGCCCAUUUAGACUGGCCUCUUUGGUGUGUUUCCUUGAAUAUUUCAAGUGGUAAUUGUGGCUGCAUUCAAAUAUGGAAAUGUGUGGAGUUUGCUUCCCUCUAGAUCAGGGGUGGGGAAACCUCCAAUUUCCAGGCCCAUACCCGCCAACAAUUUUUCUGAUGAAAAUAGGGUAGUAGUAGUAGUAGUAUUUAUUUAUACCCCACCCAUCUGGCUGGGUUUCCCAACAGAAUAUUAAAAACAUGAUAAAACAUCAAGCAUUAAAAAACUUUCCUAAAUAGGGUUGCCUUCAGAUGUCUUCUAGUCAUAUAGUUGUUUAUUUCUUUGACAUCUGAUGGGAGGGCGUUCCACAGGGUGGGCGCCACUACCAAGAAGGCCCUCUGCCUGGUUCCUGGCAGCUUCACUUCUCGCAGUGAGGGAGCCACCAGAAGGCCCUCGGAGCUGGACCUCAGUGUUCGGGCUAAACAAUAGGGGUGGAGACGCUCCUUCAGGUAUACUGAUGAUGAUGAUGAUGACGAUGAUAACAAUACUGUUUAUACCCCACCCAUCUGACUGGGUUGCCCCCGCCACGCUGGGCGACUUCCAACAAAUUAUAAAGCCACAGUAAAACAUCAAACAUGAAAACUUCAGUGGCUCAUGAGGCUGUUUGCCUCAAACCACGCCCACCUGGUCCAUGCUAGCAUCACAUGUGACCUCAAGUGUUGGGCAGGUAAGGGCAUGGAACAAUCAGGAGCUUAAAUUGAGCUCCCAGUGAAUUCUUCAUUUGCAAGCAGGACUUCCUGACAGUGACUCCUACAGAGACCAACUGCAAGGAGUCCCCCCCCCCCCGGAACUCCCUAGCGCAACUGAGGGUGCCUCGAUGUCAGUGCCAAUCAGCUGAGUCCCUUUGAUGCUGUCACCCAACGUCAGUGACUUUUCAGGGUCCCAGGCAGGGAUCUUUCCCAUCCCCUUCUGCCUGGUUCUUUUAACUAGACAUGACAGGUAUCGAUUUAACUAGGGAUUAAACUUGGAAUCUUUUGCAUGCCAAACAUGUGCUCUGCCACUGAGCUAUAGCCUUUCUCCUGUCAAAAUUGGUUGCCGAUUUUGGACAAGCUUAGCUUUUAAAUUUUAAUCCUCAAAGUGCAAUUACUUUUAAUGGCCUGCUCUGCAACACUGUUGUUGUUUAAAUAAAAGGCGAAUGACUAUAACAUCAGUUCCUUAUUUAGCUCUGUGCCUCUACAGUGCUCCCUCUAAUUCACUGUUUUGCUGCAAUUUGAAUGAAGUAUGUUUUAUACAUGGCACACACACCUACUUUCAGUCUGAUUCCAACCCACCAUGACUUGUGCCUGAAAAUGUGCUCUGGGCCUUUAAGAACUGUGUUUAAGUACCCCAGAGCCCCAUCACCUGCAAAAGGAGAGUGUGUCUUGUAUCUAGCUUUGCAGUAAGCUGAGUGGAGUUGUCAAAGUCAUUCAGUGUAAUCAGAGAAUGGCACAAAGGGUUCUGGAUGAAAAAGCUGCCAAAAGGGCUGAAAAUAAUCUACAUGUCGGAGACACUCUACUCUGGAGUGGCUGAUGCCUCACAAAUCAUUAUGCGCCAUUGGAAAAGGAAGCUGCUUCCUUACGUAAAACGAAUGCCUCUUUGAAAAUGGAGAGAGGAACCAGAAUUAAGGUCAGGGGUCCCCAAACUAAAGCCCGGGGGCUGGGUGCAGCCCAAUCACCUUCUAAAUCCGGCCCGCGGAUGGUCCAGGAAUCAGCAUGUUUUUAUAUGAGUAGAAUGUGUCCUUUUAUUUAAAAUGCAUCUCUGGGUUAUUUGUGGGGCAUAGGAAUUCGUUCAUAUUUUUUUUCAAAAUAUAGUCCGGCCCCCCACGAGGUCUGAGGGACAGUGGACCGGCCCCUUGCUGAAAAAGUUUGCUGACCCCUGAUUAAGGUGGAGAGAGAAGCAGUUGGUUCCUACAUUUACCAACUAAAAAUCAUUUACAUGUGGUUGGGGCCAUUAGGCUGAUGGUGUGAAGUUGCUCCAUCGGCCAUACAAAAUAAUAUUUUGAGGUGUACACACACACACACACACACACACACACACACACACACACAGGAAGCUGCUAUUCUGAGUCAGAUCCUUGGUCUUGCUUAGUACUGGAAGAAGCAAAAAUCACUGGAAGAAGCAAUGAUUCUUCAACAUCAACAUCAACUUUGUUGGACUGGUCAUGUUGUGCGGAUGCCUGAUUAUCAACUACUCUGUUAAAAUGGAAAGCGUAAUGCUGGUGGUCAACAAAAGAGGUUUAAAGACUGUCUUAAGGCAAAAAUGUUGUAUAAACACCGACAACUGGAAAGCACUGGCCUGCGAGCUCUCCAGUUGGAGAACAGCCUUUACCAAAGGUGUCAUGGGCUUUGAAGGCACUCGAACUCAGGACGCAAGGGAGAAACGUGCUAAGAGGAAGGCACGCUUGGCAAAUCCACACUGUGAUCAACUCUCACCUGGAAACCAAUGUCCCCACUGUGGAAGGAUGUGUGGAUCCAGAAUUGGCCUCCACAGUCACCUACAGACUCAUUGUUAAAACCGUGUUUAUGGAAUACAAUCUUACUCGGCUACGAGUGAUUGCCAAAGAAGAAGAAGACACUGACCAGCAGCAGCUUUCCAGGGUUUCAGACAGGACAGUCUCCACCCUACCUGGAAAAGCUGAGGAUCGAUCCUGGGACCUUCUGUGUGUAAAGCGAGCACUUUGCCACUGAGCUGCGGCUGGUCCUCAAUCCUUCCAUGCAUCUUUUAAAGAGAAGCAACAGGCAGGCAGAUGGGAGAGUUGUGCACCUUGCAUCACAUGCAGGGAAGGAAGGAAUGGGGUUUCUGGGUAAUGAAUGACUGUCAUGUGAGCAAGCUUGAGUUAAUUUUUUUGAAUGAGAGCCACUGUGGGUAGACAUUAGAGAAGGCUUUCUCAGUCUUGGGUGCCCAGAUUUUCUUGAAUUACAGCUCCAUUCAUCGCUGACCACUGGCCAUGCUAGUUAGGAAUGAUGAGAGUUGUAGUUCAACAACAUCUAAGGGCCCAAGGUUGAGAGAGGCUGAAUUAGAUGGCACUGUUUCCCAAACUUGGGGUCUCCAGCUGUUUUGGACUACAAUUCCUAUCAUCCUUGACCGCUUGUCCUGAUAGCUAGGGAUGAUGGGAGUUGUAGUCCAAAAACAGCUAGCGACCCAAGUUUGGGAAACCCUGAAUUAGAGUGUUAGGCUUGGGAGAAUGGGGUUCAUAUAUCACCGUUCAGCCACGAAGUUUGAUGGAUGGUGGCCUUAGGUCAGUUGUUAUCUCUCAAACUGAACCCCCCCCCCAACAAGGUUGUUGUGAAGAUAAAAUGGAGAGAGGGACCAUACGUACCAUCCUGCUUUGUUGGAGGAAGUGUGGGAUUUUCUUUUAAUGUAAUGAAUAAAUACUAACAAUAUUUGCCUAGAUGUCAACUGGAUAAUCACUGCAUGUUUUUCUCCUUUGCUUGAUUUCACCCUGAACACAUUCCUAUGUUACUGAAAGAAAACGGGGCCGUGUAAGUGUAUAGUGAGGAUCAAAGGGACUGUAAACUACAUCGGUGCUUUGCUCCUGCGCUCUGUGUAACUUCUCACCAACACGCCACUUGCUCUCUCCUAAUCAGUUCUAUAUUUAUAAACAGCUUUACUGGGAGAGUUUCUCCCUUCAGUAAUGAGAUAAGGUCCCUGAAUGCAGCCAGUGUUCUUGCUCAGGGCAAGUGUCACGCUGCAGGAAAUCCUGGUUAUCCUUCCUACCUUGUGCAUGCUCUCAGCCAGCCUCGGCACUGCUGAAAGCACAGCCCAAGGAAAGGCAUUCCAUUAGAGAGCUACAAGUACUUUUCUCAUUAGUGUGACGCUCCUCCAGCUCUGUGGCCGGGUCUCUCUCCACAUUAGUCGGGGAUUGUUUCCAGCCUGUAAAUGGCCGUUGUCUGGGAACCAUUGGGAAUAGCUGCCCCUCCAAAGAACAACAAGAAGAAGUUUCUUUUCUUGAAGUCGUACAGUUUCGACGUCGACAAUGGCACCUCAUCGGGACGGAGUCCCUUGGAUCCCAUGACAAGCCCUGGAUCGGGGCUCAUUCUCCAGGCUAACUUUGUUCACAGUCAGCGGAGGGAAUCCUUCCUCUACCGGUCCGAUAGCGACUAUGACCUCUCUCCAAAGUCUAUGUCCAGAAACUCCUCCAUUGCCAGUGAUAUACAUGGAGAUGACUUGAUUGUGACACCGUUUGCUCAGGUGCUGGCCAGCUUACGUUCUGUACGGAAUAAUUUUGCUGCAUUAACCAACCUGCCGGAUCGAGCACCUAGCAAACGGUCACCCAUGUGUAACCAACCAUCCAUCAACAAAGCGACCAUAACAGAGGAGGCAUACCAAAAACUGGCCAGCGAGACCCUGGAGGAGCUCGACUGGUGCCUGGACCAGCUGGAAACCUUGCAGACCAGGCACUCCGUCAGCGAAAUGGCCUCGAACAAGUUUAAAAGAAUGCUCAACCGGGAGCUAACCCACUUAUCUGAAAUGAGCCGAUCGGGCAAUCAGGUCUCUGAAUAUAUAUCCAACACCUUUUUAGACAAACAGCAUGAAGUGGAAAUCCCAUCUCCUACACAGAAAGAGAAAGAGAAGAAGAAACUGCCAAUGUCUCAGAUCAGUGGAGUGAAGAAAUUGAUGCACAGCUCCAGCCUAACCAAUUCGAGCAUCCCAAAAUUUGGAGUCAAAACUGACCAAGAAGAUAUUCUGGCCAAGGAACUAGAAGAUGUAAACAAAUGGGGCCUCCAGGUGUUUAAAAUAGCUGAAUUAUCCGCGAACCGACCUUUGACCGUCAUCAUGUACACUAUUUUCCAGGAGCGGGAAUUACUAAAAACAUUUAAAAUUCAACCAGACAUGUUAAUAACUUACUUGAUGACACUGGAGGACCAUUACCAUGCAGAUGUGGCAUAUCACAACAACAUACAUGCUGCAGAUGUUGUACAGUCUACGCAUGUGCUGUUGUCCACCCCAGCUUUGGAGGCGGUGUUCACGGACCUGGAGAUUCUGGCUGCUAUUUUUGCCAGUGCAAUACAUGAUGUAGAUCAUCCUGGGGUUUCAAACCAGUUUCUUAUCAACACAAACUCUGAACUUGCCUUGAUGUACAACGAUUCAUCAGUCCUGGAAAACCAUCAUUUAGCUGUGGGCUUCAAGUUACUGCAGGAAGAAAAUUGCGACAUUUUCCAGAACUUGACAAAAAAGCAAAGGCAAUCAUUGAGGAAGAUGGUCAUUGACAUAGUGCUUGCAACAGAUAUGUCUAAGCAUAUGAAUCUUUUGGCUGAUCUGAAAACGAUGGUUGAAACUAAGAAAGUGACUAGCUCUGGAGUUCUGCUGCUUGAUAACUAUUCAGACAGGAUUCAGGUUCUGCAAAAUAUGGUACACUGUGCAGAUUUGAGCAAUCCGACAAAGCCACUCCAGCUAUAUCGCCAGUGGACAGAUAGAAUAAUGGAAGAGUUCUUUCGGCAGGGAGAUCGAGAACGAGAGAGGGGGAUGGAAAUCAGCCCCAUGUGUGAUAAGCACAAUGCAUCAGUAGAAAAAUCACAGGUGGGUUUUAUAGACUACAUUGUUCAUCCUCUCUGGGAGACCUGGGCAGACCUUGUACACCCAGACGCCCAAGACAUCUUGGACACGCUGGAAGACAAUCGUGAAUGGUACCAGAGCACAAUCCCCCAGAGUCCAUCUCCUGCCCCGGACGACCAAGAGGAGGGGAGACAGGGCCAAACAGAAAAAUUCCAGUUUGAGCUAACGCUGGAGGAAGAUGGUGAAUCGGACACAGAGAAGGACAGUGGGAGUCAAGUAGAAGAAGACACCAGCUGCAGCGACUCCAAGACUCUUUGCACCCAAGACUCAGAGUCCACUGAAAUCCCACUUGACGAACAAGUUGGAGAGGAGGUGGUGGAGGAGGAGAGCCAGACAGAACCUUGUGUGCUAGAAGAACGUUCUCCUGACACGUAACGGUGCGACGGCUCUGCCGCUCCCUCUGCUUUCUCUCUCUCCUACUCUCUUUUCAAGAAUAAAAAAAUGGUUUCCAAAGUGCAUGUCACUCGGCACAGCCAUGGUCACGCCUCACUGUCAUCUGCAAGAGAUGUUCGCUGAUCAAAAACUGACCUUGAUUACCUUGUUUGGCACUCAGGAAUAUUGUAACCAGAAAUGUUCAUUGUUCAUGGCAUCAAGAGAGCAAAGGAAGGGAAACACCUGCAAAAAGAACAGUUUAACGAGAAUUCAACUUGGCAGAUACAAUCAGAGAGAGUGUCGACUCCAAGCUGUUUUCAAAAGGAGUAACGGCUGGUCCAAAGCUUGUGUGUGCGUGUGUGUUUUGUAUUGGUUUUUAGUUUCUUGAGAAGAGGCAUUAGUAGCAUACAUCACCAGAAUAUACAGAAGGCGACCAGCGAGUGAACAAAAGGUUAUUAGCGGAAAGCGAUUGAGCUCAAAUAAUGAAUGGGGACACAACACGAAUUUGUUACCAGUAGGAAGAUGAAGCUGUGGAAGUCACAUAAUUUUCUAAUUUCAAGUCUUCCUAACACAUGACUGAAAAAAAAAAGUGUAACUCAGUGGGUUGCACUUAUGCCUGCAUUUUGUAUUAUAUGUAAAAUGGAAAUCUUUUUGUAGAGUUUACUUUUAUUAUUAAAUGUAUUGAGGUAUUAUAUUUAAAAGAAUGCAACACUCUCAGAACUUCAUCUGCCACUGAUUCUUUCUCCUCCCCCCUCCCCGCAAAAAAGAGUAACUUGCAAGUUUUCAGUACAAAUAUGAGCUACACUGGAUAAAUCAAAUUUUAUAUUUGUUUGCACUUAAAAUUUUCAUACCAAUUCAUUCAGCUGUUAUAAAACAACUCUGUGUUCUAGACCAAUGACAGCCAUCAAAUGCUCAUUUUCCCCCUCCCAUGUUGCAGAAAACAUGUUUGUUGGCAUUAAUUUCUGGCUUUUCUUACUGUAAUUUCCCCAAAGCAGCAAUAUUUCAUGCACGAAAUGUCCUCAGAGAUAGCUUGGUUGCUGCAGACCCAGCUUUUAUUGCUGUGGGCUUGCUAUAAAAUUUCUAAAAUCUAAUGGGCCGUUGCAGUAGCAGUUCCCCAAAAUUUGGAUUGCAACCCACUGCUGGAUGGCAGCAGCCCUGAGUAUUGAGCACCAAACUCCUUACCGCAGAUGACGUGGGGUCCAGAGAGUGAGGACUCCAACAAAGAAUAGGGUUAUCAGGAGAGAUCCCGAGGAAGCUCCAAAACAAAGAUGAAACUCCAUUAGCAGCUCCUAAGAAAGAAAAGUUGGGGGGACACUCCUAUUAGAGUUGGGAUUUGCAAGUCUACGGCUAACAUGAACGUGACUCUUGCUAUAAAUACAAACCUUUUCUUUGCUAAUUACAUCAUUCCCACAAGGCUGCUCCUAGUUGUGUAUGCAAAAUUGUGAGUGGUCUGCCGCAAAGAUUUGCUGUACCAGCAAGUAAUAAUACUUAGGGUGAGGACAUAUGGAAUGCUGUGACAACACAGUGCUACAGACUAUGCCUGUGCAAAGAGUACUUACAAACAAUUUGUAGUGGAAUCUUUGCUGCUUCAGAAUCAGACUGAGGCACUCUGCUGUCCCCACCCUGUUACUCCCCCUUAGCAGCUUUUUGCAAAGGCUGGGCUGGGAAUAUAAUGUAAAAGGUCACCAAUAAAUCAGCCCCUUUAAAAAUUGGACAAAAUCAGCUUUUGACCUUGAAUAUGGCAAGAAAUAUAUAGUAGUUUUUUUAAAAAAAAUCUGCAGAAAGGAUCUCCACUCAGUGACUUUUGUUUUGCUCCUGUUGCUGUCAUACUGAGAGGUCACAUUGAACGAAUAAAUGUCUAGGAUGGAAUCGUAAAGGUUAUGUUAGGGGCUGGAAAAUGCAUGACCCUAUAAAAUAACAGAGCAGGAAAAGCAUUUGCAGAAUGAAGUGUAGCCUGCUAUGCACCACAGAAUUAAAUGUCAUCAAAGCUAUUGAUUUUAAUGGGUUUGUGUACAUUUUAACUCUGUCUCAGAUUGUGCCCUUAGCCUGCAACCAGUAUGUGAUGAAAACCCAUGCAGGGUGGCGGAGAUGGUGGGUGUGAAUUCACAUCUGCCUCUGACCUGCACUGUGACUGUGUUGCAGUGGGUGUUGGGGGCAUAAAUAUGACUAGAGUCAUGUUCAUGACUAUGCAUGACGACAUCUGCUGCCUUAUCAACAUGGAGCAUUCAAUUGCCUGCACCCGUCCCUCCAUACCCGGCAUGGACCAGCUCUUCUAUGCAGGGUCCCUGCUGCAUUGAUUGCAAGAUAGGCUUGAAUGACGAGGCUGUUUUGACCCAAUGAAAACAGUGGAUUGGAGGUAGACCAGCUGAGGUCACAACUAACCCUUGAGUCCCAUUGAUUUCAAUGGAUCAACCUUUUACGUCUUGAUACAACCCAUAGAUUAUACUUGGUUGACUAAACCAAGGAAAGUUUGAGACACGGCUAAAUAUCAGAUUUUAAAUGAAAGCAGUGACUGGUGGGGAUCUUUUAAAAGUGCAUUUUAAUGUGUCUCGUCUACCUUUUAGCUCUUAAUGGCUUUUACUGAAGAAGGAAAAACUGGAGAAGUUGAUGAAAGAAUUUCACCAUGUUGUUGUCAGCCUAGGCUCCUGUCCUCCCCUCACUACGUCAACAUUUGUUAGUCCCCAAGAGUGCCUGGAAUCUUAACGAAUAAAGCAAUAUCAAUUCCAAAAAUCAAUAUAUAUCGGGAAGGGUAUUUUAUCUGCACUAAAGGUUUAAUCCUACAAACGGGUAACCUCUAGCUGGAGCCAGCCAGAGACUUAAGUAUUGGGGAAAGACCGGCAUCUAAUGCUGAGCAAGGCGAGGGGCAUGCCUGGCCUCUUGAAUAACAUUUUUUAAAAUGGUUAUUCUCAGAUGCUCAGUUUUAAGGAGGUUCGUGUCUGUUGAUAGUUCUGGUUAGUGUGUACCCUGUAAGAUUAAACUGUCAAAGAAAAAGGAGAGGUAAUGAAAAAACCACCAUAUUGUGUAAAAUAUACACCCAUAUACAUGGACAAUCAAGUGGCAGGAAACAUAAUAAUGUUUAGAGGCAGGGAUUGAAUGCACUGUACAAUCUUUGUUUUACUUUGCCAAAGUGUGCUUUAGCGCCAGCACACUACUCUAAAAACAACACAAUACUAUUGGAAAAGUGUUUUUACAUGUUUUCUUUUGUGUUUCUGUUUUGUUUGUUUUUUUGCCAUAAGUGAAAUGCAAUGAAGUCGAUUGAGGAUUGUGUAGAGAAGGGGGAAAGACAGAAAGAGGAAUCUGAAUUUGCAUCUAUACUUUAGCUUGCAAGUUGCUUUUCUCAGUAAUACUGUGUCUGUUUCUUUUUAAUUUCUGAUUUUACAUCCUUGUUCUACAAACAAAACAAAACUUUAAAAAAGAUCAGGCAAAAUAGGUAGAACAAAUCACAUUCAAAAGGUUGGGGUUUUUUAUAUUAAAAAAACUUGAUGAAAUGAAUUUUACAGGCCGCUUUGACAAUUCUUUUAAAACCCAUUUAUUUAUUUUUUUAUUUGUGCCAUGCAUAUUUUUUUUCCUCACCAAAUGACCUUACUUGUAAUAAGUCUUGUUUGUCUCUGUUUACAACCAUGUAUUUAUUGUAUUGUAUAUAUUGUAAUGUUAAUUGUAAAUUAUAAGUUCUUAUUACAACAUCAUCCUUGCCAGGGUGGUAUUGCUAUAUUUGGAAACUCUUGGUGAGAGAAUUAAUAUUGUGUAUACAUACUCCCCCACCCCACCCCCCCCUUGUACAUUCUGUAAUAUAUAUCCUAUAUCACUUUAGAGCUUGUUUAUGGAAGAGUUGAGAAAAAUUAUAAAGUACAUAGUUCUAUAAAUUAAAAAGCUGCAGGUCUUUGGUCCCAGGGCUGUGCCUUAACUUUAAACAACAUUUUCUUCUGUUUUGCUGCAUUUGAAAGAAAGGUCGUUGUGGAACAUCGGCUGGGCAUAUCUCCACCGCCCUUCCUCCCCCCCCAAAGGGACACUGGUCCUGGCCUCUCUGGGGUGCUCUGCAUUCCAACAGGGUUUUAUCUAGGUUCCUAUUGGAAGCCCAAAUGCUAACCUUGGGCAUAAAUCCCACCUGCCUGAUAAGAUACAUUUUGAAAAGGGGAAAGCACUCUUAAGGGCAUCACUUUAUCCCAGCCUUUAUCAAAAUCCAGCUGUGUUGUGACAACCACUCCCAUCCGUCCUGGGUAGCAUAGUUGUACUGGCUGGGGAUGAUGGGAGUUGUGGUCCAAAAUGUCUGAAGGUUGGUGAAGGCUGCUGGUCUUGCCCUUUUUAAAACAACAAGUAAACCAAAAAACACAACUGCCCUUUAAUCAACCGGGCUGGGGCACCGUUCAUCAGCAACCCCACUGAAACAUGGAAGUUUCCUCCUGUGCAUUUCAGGGAAGAAAUGUCUCGGGUCUGGGAUGUGCCCUUUUGUUACCAAUACAGCAACUCUCACUAUGAUACCUAAUUUUAUACUGCAUAGUAAAAAUAGAACACUGACCCUGAACUCUCCCCCCCCAACACUACUAGCAAGCACUGCAAGCAGCCAGAGUUCAAUCCCGUAUAAAUGGCUCUGUGGGCGCAUGUAUAGCGUAGGUGUAAAGAAUGACUGUAGCCUUUUAGACGGUUGAAACACUUAUCAUUUCUACUUUUAUUUUUGCAGAGUUUGCUGUGUCUUGAAGGUGUUGUCUUGCUGCUGUUCUUGACCAUGUAAUUUUGUAGUAUCUGAUACCUCGUCACCAUUCCAAUAAUGCCCAGCCCUUGUAGCAUGUGACUGUUCAGUGAAAGGAGAGAUUCUUUUUCAAGGAGAAAAAAAAUAGCCUCCUUUUUGACACAAACUGUAGAUUUUAGCAGCCCUGGCCCAAAGGAAUAAGAUUGCUUUUGUUUUAAACAGUAUAAAAGGGACACUAUAACAACAGAAUUACUGAACAAUAUUUUUGUUGUUUUCAAUUUGGUUUGUUUCCUUUGGGUAUGUCUUUAGAGUGGCACAUUGUGUGAACAUUGCAAUUAAUUCAAUGGUUUCUUAGCCGCUCUUACAGCCUAUGGGAUAGUACUGUACGUCAAAUACCUUCAUAUGAAAUUUUUAUAUGCAAUGGAAAUAAAAGCAUGGGUUGAUUCUGCCUAGAUACUGUACUUGACCAUCUUUUUGCAAAUAAAUUUAUCUUACACUGUUGACUGCU